GGGAAAAUCGAAUGUGGAUAUUUCUAUCCUUGAUCUCUUGUCCAUUUCUGGUUUGGGGGUCUUUGGAAGAAUUAGUUUCAUUCCUUUCACUUUUCAGAAACUUCCCACUCCCACUUCCUCUCUCAAGUUCUCCACACCUCCCUGUUCCGCCGCCCACCUCGCUACCUCCGGCGCCCCAAUCGCCGAGCCCUCCCGGACUCCAUCUCUCUCGUUGCUCCUUCUCUCUUGCCCUCCCAUUGCCGCUCGUCUCCUCUCAUCGAUAACAUCCAACACCGUACAUCGCCGUCGCGCAUUUGGAGGGGAGGGAGCCGGACCUGGAGUCGUGCGUUAGUAACGGGUCUUGUAUACAGUUGCGGGCCUUAACAAGAAUGAAUCUCGCAAACCAAACGGCAGAUUGUAUGGUUUGUCAAAUGUGUAGUGUUUGUUCAAAGAAAAGACAAUAUGAUCCGAUUGAUUAUGAGUGUAUUGACAAAGUAGAGUUUUGGGUGAUUGACGAAAAUGCUAAUGAAGAGCUUGAUUAUGAGGAGUUGGAGGAAAUGUUAGAUGAAGAACAAGCAAAAGGUGAUGAAGAUGAUAUAAUGGUGAUUAAUGAUGACGAAAUUGAUUUGUCAAGAUUUGAUGAUGAUGGAAAUACUGGUAGCAUCAACGAUGGUUUUUGUGACUUGAGUUGCAUUAAGCUUGAAGUUGGAAAUGAAAGUGAUUGAGAUGGUCACUAAGUAUUUUGUUUUGAGUUCGUAGCUUGGUAUUUUGAUAAAGACUUAUGUAUUUUGAUAAAGACUUGUGUAUUUAGAUAUUUGAACUUAUUGGUCUUGUGUAUUUUGGUA